UUACUACCUUCCAUUUCGUGUUUCUUAUAGUUCCCCAUAGCCUGUAGGCAGUAAAAAUACUCUGCACCCCGAUUUGAAUUGCUAGCUUGGACAUGGACUCUAGUCUUAUUAAGAAGUUAAUCAUUAUAGGCGGGGUACUGUUAAUUUUAUUUGCUAUCUUUUGUUGUUAUUUACUACGUACAUGAUAGGUGGAAAAAACGGAAGCAGGGUUCCUCGACCACACAGCCUCCUAGGGCCUCUCUCUGAUCAACCCACUGAAUUUAGAGUUGGCAAUUCAAUGGAGCCACCUCACUUUGGUCUGCAUUACAUACGGAGUGGAGUAUAUUUGGAAUUCAAAAUUUCCACACCGGACAAAAUAGUAUACCGUCCUUCCCAAAACUCUAUAUAUCCCAUCCAUGGGGACCACGGGUGGAUGGCACCCCUGGCCGUGGGAAUUGGUAGGAUUAUUGACGGAGAGGAGUGCAGAGCCGGUCCCAGGUGUCAGCUACUCAGCCAUGCCAUCAGUGGUCCGCAGCACUCCAGGCACUUAAUUAAUGUUUCGUAGUAUGAGGCCUGCUAGGGG